GCAGCCGUGACGCCUACUCUCGCCUUUCGUCUUGAGAACCUUUCUGACGGCCGUUGAGCUUUUUCGGAACCGCACACCGCUACCUACUUUCCGUAACCUCUUCUCACGCGUGCAAUUGAACCGACACAUCCCCAACGCCACCUUUUUUUGCCCUUGAUAUCUCGCCGCACAGCAGCAGCAGCAACAAUAACAACAACAACAAUAAUAAAAACAACAACAACAACACACCGGGACCAAGCCAACAAACAGCAACUGAGACACUCCGAUAUAGCUCCAGGCUCAACACUUGCGCGAUCGCCAUGCAUCGUACAUAUUCCAUGCGCGCCACGAGGGCGCCAACCGCUUCCCAAAUCCAGAAUCCGCCGCCGCCGCCAUCGAGCACCAAGUCUGGCCGGCUUUUUGGCAAGGGAGGAUUGGGACAUGCCCUCCGCCGGAACACCGCCGGCGCCUUUGGGCCCGAACUCGCCAAGAAGCUGUCGCAACUGGUCAAGAUGGAGAAGAACGUGAUGCGGAGUCUGGAAUUGGUGGCCAAGGAGAGGAUGGAGGUUGCCCAACAACUGUCGCUCUGGGGCGAGGCUUGCGACGAAGAUGUGUCGGACGUCACGGACAAGAUCGGAGUGCUGCUCUACGAAAUCGGCGAGCUGGAGGACCAAUACGUCGAUCGGUACGACCAGUACCGCGUUACCAUGAAGAGCAUCAGGAACAUCGAGGCGUCAGUGCAGCCUAGCAGAGACAGGAAACAAAAGAUCACGGACCAGAUCGCGCAGCUGAAGUACAAGGAGCCCAACUCGCCCAAGAUCGUCGUGCUCGAACAAGAGCUGGUCCGCGCCGAGGCCGAGUCUCUGGUCGCCGAAGCGCAACUAUCCAACAUCACGCGGGAGAAGGUCAAGGCGGCAUACGCAUACCAGUUCGACGCCCUGCGCGAGCACUGCGAGAAGGUGGCCAUCAUUGCCGCGUACGGCAAGCACCUCCUGGAACUCAUCGACGACACCCCCGUCACCCCCGGCGAGACCCGGCCGGCGUACGACGGCUACGAGGCCAGCAAGGCCAUCAUCCAGGACUGCGAGGACGCGCUCACCAACUGGGUCGCGCAGAACGCCGCCGUGGCCCCGAAGCUCUCGACGAGGGCGCGCGCGCUGUCGCAGCGCCGCCGCAACAACAUCAGGGCCCGCGCCGAAGGGCACCUGCCGGCCCACGGACACGACCUCUCGGCGCAGGAUGCCCCGCUCAACGACCGGGACUCGUGGGCGGCGCCCGCCGGCCAGCACGAGUACGCCGAGGAUGAGGCGGGCGCGGCCGAAGAGGAUGAUGACCUCGACGCGCCCAGCCACUCGGCUGUCGACACGGAAGCCGACCUGAACGGGGAGCGACGCGGCCGGAUUCAUGAGCCGGUUGCGGCUUAAUUGUGAUAAAAAAAGAAAAUACUCCGCCGCUUAUUGAUUCGCCCUUCCUGCUUAUCCUCUUUUUUUUUUUUUUUUUUUUUGCUCUCAAUGUUCUUUUCUUUGGGAGGGACCUCUGUCGUAUCGAGUCUUUCAACGUCGUGGGAACACAACUAGCGAAUGACAGGCGUGGUUGGAGAAGAAAUCAAGGAUGAGCACUCUCUUUUUCUCAAGGGAAACGGUUGGAUUCAUCGCAGAAACGGGCUCUUCUCCUCAUGAGCACCGCUGAUGCGUAAUUGGUAAUUAAUGACGGAACGGGGAAGGGAUGGAUUGAUGAUCUACGCACAUGUGUAUGUAUGAACGUCCUCUCAGGUAUCGGUAUUGGCAUGCACCUAUGUAUAUCGUGAUCCACGGUGCCCCCUUCUUUUCUUGCCUCCUCGUGGCAUUUAUCUGACUUUAUGGUCCCGUAUCAAUGAACUUUAUCUUCUUGG